UUUCGAGAAAAAAAAGUUGUUGUUGUUGUGGCUUGUGGGCAAGAAAUACGCAUGGUGGUGUGGUGAUUUCAAGAUUGGAAAUUAAAGUUGGCUUUAUCUAUUAUCGAAGCCAUAUUCGUCUAGAUAAAAUGAAAAGAAAAUUAUCCAGCAUCAACGAUGAAGAAUCAAGGUUAUCAAAGCUGUUGUUCAACAAGUCAAAAGAUUUGGUGGAUAAGUUGAAAACUACACCAUCCGAUGAACGAAAACCUGAUGUGGACCGGAAACCUGUGUGGAUAGAUGAGGAUGACCAUCAAUUCAGCGCUAAAACCGCUAAAACAAAGACUGAAAAUCUCAAGCAAAAAUACGAAAGUUUAAUGGGAACACCAAAUUGGGCAAAGCUAACAGAACCGAAAUUAGAAGAAGGUAAUGAUGAUGAUGAUGGAAUUCUGAGAACUGUUGGUCACAUGAGAAAAAGUAAAACAUUUAAUCUCCCAAAUAAAAUGUUAGAUAUGAAAUUAUUCCCUAAAAUUAAUUCAGAAACCAGGAAUGAGGGAAGAAUUAUAUCUUGUAUUGAUUUCCACCCCAAACUAAGUGUUGCACUUGUAUCAGGAAAUGCUGGUAUAGUGUCUCUGUUAUCAGUUGGUGGAGAUGUCAAUGAGAAAUUGCAUAGUUUUCAACUCAAAAACUGGAAAACAAUGUCAGCGCAAUUUAAUCCCAGUGGGUCAGAAGCAUUCUUGGCUACAGAACUUAACCAUAGUUACUGUGUUUAUGACCUUGUGAAAGCUGAGCCCAAAUUGGUACAACUUCCCCGUAUUGUUAAGCGGCCAAAAUUGUUCAAGCUAUCACCUGAUGGAAAGUACAUUGCAACUUCUACUGGAUUUGACGAAAUAUACUUGAUUAGUACAUCAUCAAAAGAACUUUUAAGAACUCUGAAGCAUAACUCCAAUGUUGAAUCUUUAACUUUCAGUCAUGACAGUGAACAGCUGUAUUGUUACUGCAAACAAGGCGAAAUCACUAUCUGGGAUUUGUCUACAUUCAGAGCUUUGAAAAAAUUCUAUGACAAUGGGUGUGUAAAUGCUUCUUGUCUAGCUGUCAGUCCUUGUGGAAAGUUGUUGGCAACGGGCAGUCAAGAAGGGAUUGUUAACAUUUAUGACACAACAAAACUGGAAACCUAUGAACCAUUGCCUUUAAAAACAAUUAGCAACUUGACAACCAAGAUAUCUUGUCUUAAAUUUAAUGCAACAACAGAAAUUCUUUCUGCAUCUUCAAAUGUAAUUCCAGAUGCUGUAAAAUUGAUCCAUAUUCCUUCUUACCAUGUGUUUGUCAACUUUCCUCCACAUACAAAAGUCUUAUCCAAAGUACAAACUAUAAACUUCUCUCCUAAUAGUGGUUAUAUGGCUCUAGGAAAUAACAAGGGCUAUGCCAAUCUGUAUAGAUUGAAAUAUUACAAAAACUAUUAAAAUAUUGUAUUAA